ACACACACACACAGUGUGUGAGUCAGUGUGGCAGGGUUUCUUCGACAGCGUUACCACCCUGCAUGCACCUCGACUAAACACAAUCCCAGCAGGUUUUCAGACAGCGGUCGCGGAUUGUUGGAGUUCAUUUGUGUGAGCGAGUUUUCGAUGUUGUUGCUUUUUUAUUAAGCAAAGCUGUGAGACCUUACAGGACGGAGGACAGACUGCGCUCAACACCAUGGCUGCCACUCUCACCAUGCUCCUGUUCCAUUACAUCGUCACUUUGUCAGUGUUGGGAUCAGCCUCUGAGCAAGUCCUCCCCCAGUCACACCCACACCUCACAGGCUGUGUCUCUGCCAACAUGGAGACUUUCCGCUGCAGAUGGAAUGUCGGCAAUUCCCAGAGCCUCUCCGAGCCGGGAGAUCUACGCUUGUUCUACAAUCACAACAAACCUCCCCCAGCUUCUAUGAAAGGCUGGACCGAGUGUCCUCAAUACAGCACCGACAGGCCCAACGAGUGCUUUUUCAAUGAGAACCACACAGUUAUCUGGACUUAUUACCAUGUCCAGCUGCGCUCCAGGGACCAAGCUACCCUCUACGAUGAGAACCUCUUCCAUGUUCAAGACAUCGUGCAGCCCGAUCCCCCGUUCGGCCUAAACUGGACGCUGCUCAAUGUGAGUGUGACCGGCACUUACUAUGACAUCAUGCUGAGCUGGAAGCCGCCUCAGUCUGCAGACGUGGAGACGGGCUGGAUGACGCUGCAGUACGAGGUCCAGCACCGCAAUGUAAACUCCGACAAGUGGGAAACGGUCGACCUUGUGAAAAGCACACAUCGCUCCUUAUUUGGGUUUCAAACUAACAUGAAUCACGAGGUUCGGAUCCGCUGCAAAAUGUUCGGUGGGAGAGACUUUGGAGAGUUCAGCGACUCUGUGUUUGUUCACGUUCCGUCGAAAGUGUCCAGAUUCCCAGUAGUGGCCCUGCUCAUCUUUGGAGCCUUGUGUCUGCUGACCAUCCUGAUGUUGGUCAUCAUAUCACAGCAAGAAAAGUUGAUGGUUAUUCUUUUGCCUCCUGUACCUGGACCUAAAAUAAAAGGAAUUGACCCUGAGCUACUCAAGAAAGGGAAGCUGAGGGAGCUGACCUCCAUCCUGGGCGGCCCCCCUGAUCUCAGACCGGAGCUGUACAACAGUGACCCCUGGGUGGAGUUCAUUGAUCUGGACAUCGAGGAGCAGAGCGACAGACUGACAGACCUGGACACGGAUUGUCUCAUGGAGCGCUCCCUGUCCUUCAACUGCUCUCCCCUCUCCAUCGGCUUCAGAGACGACGACUCGGGCCGGGCCAGCUGCUGUGACCCAGACCUCCCCAGCGACCCCGAACCGUCCCCUUUCCUUCCUCUCAUCCCAAAUCUGGCCCUCAGUAAGGAACUGGCGUGUCCCACUGCCUGUGAGCCAAGCUCCCCGGUCCAGAGCCCCGCGGCUGGGGAGCCUCCUUUUGUAGCGCCGGACCUGUACACCCAGGUCACUGAGGUGAGGUCUUCUGGCAAGGUGCUGCUGUCACCUGAGGAAAAGACCGAGGUGGAGACAAUCACAAGCAAGGACGCGGAGAAAGACAUCAUGGCGGAGAAAGAGAAGGAAAAGAAAGAAUUUCAGCUCAUGGUGGUGAAUCCAGAUCAUGGAGGUUACACCUCGGAGCUCAACGCGGGGAAAAUGAGCCCAAGAUUGUCCUCAGGAGACAUGAGUGAGCCCUGCCAGACCGGAGGAGUCUCAUGUUCUCCACCGUCCCUGUCCCCUUACCAAGAAUCAGACAUCGUGUCCCCUCUCUGCCCUGCUCCCGUCUACACUGUGGUCGAAGGCGUUGACAGGCAGAACAGCCUCUUACUCACACCAAACUCGACACCUGCCCCCCAGCUGAUAAUCCCCAAAAUCAUGCCGACACCAGAUGGGUACCUGACCCCCGACCUUUUGGGAAGCGUCACACCAUAGAUCAGCGGUGAACUGUGCAAAGUUAAGACUGUUCAAUCAAAGGCACAGAUAAGCUGGGAACGAGCUCGGGAUUGACUGUUGAGGGUCCCAGGGUUGAGUGUUUAAUAUCAGGUCUCCUAAACUAGUUGGGAGGUAUCUGUGGAUGUGGUGCCACCUCCUUGUACCUCCUCUGCUCCUUCCGACGGGGCUGUUAAGGGUUAGUUAGAUGUUUGGUCUCAGGGAGGAAGAGCAUAAGCGUUGUGUGUUUUACUGCAGUUGUGGAAUGGAAGAAGAGAAACUCUAUCUUUCAUCUGGAGUCGUUUUUCUGUCCAGUUAAAGAAAGUUAGUCCAAUAUUUAGUCUCCCUUGUCCCUGGUAACCUGUUCUGGGUUGCAUAAAACCACUCAGCUGCCCUUUUCAUCUCAGGACGCCUUAGAAAAAGAAUAAUGAAAAAGAAUGCACUUCACUAUGUGAAGGACGUACGCCAGGCAAACUGGAUGAGGUGAAUCACAACUCUGAAAACCUUACAAAAAUUGAAAAAGAAACCUGAACCCUCCAGUACAUAGCGGGCUUUUCAGUACAAAGAGCGAGAUCGCACCGUAACGUCAUAGCAGAUGAUAUUGUCUAUUCAACAACCACUAACACUGUGUCAGCCACUGACUGUUAACAACCUUAUCAACGACAUAAACGAGCUGAAAGAUGCUCACUGUACUUAUCUUUCUGAUAUGUCUGCUGGUCAUUGACUUCAGUGCACAACAGACUCCUCGUCUGAGUCUGGAGGCUCGCCGUUGUUCCCUCUAAAGAAGAAAAUACAGUUGUGUGCAAAAGCUUGGGCACCCAUGACAAUUUUUAUUAUUUUCAUUUAUAAAUCAUUGGGUGUUUGGAUCAGCAACUUAACUGAUCUAUCAAAUAGGAUUGAUAGAAUUUUCAACUCGAUACCGAUACUCAGGAAAAUAUUCGAUACCAUUUUCGAUACCACAAGGAUAAAAACAAAGACCCCAAAAUUUAACAGAAAUAUUUUUAUUAACAAGAAAAAUGCAACAUUUAAAAAUUAACAGAACCACAGGUUAAAUAUUUAUCAUAAAAAAACAGUUGUGCAAGAAGAAACUGCAACUAUGAUAACAAGCUUCAGAUACUCUAUACUUUUGAAAAUGAGUAUUGUAUCCGGAUACAACGUUUUAGUAUGGAUACUUUUUUGAGUAUGGAUACUUUUUUGAAUAUCAAUAGUUUUGACAACCCUACUAUCAAAUAACUGAUGGACACAGCAAUAUUUCAGUAGUGAAAUUAGGUUUUGAUGGAUUAACAGAAGAUUUACAAUAGGCAUCAAAACAAAAUAAGACAUAAAAAAGGUGCAAAAACGUGGGCACACCACAUUGUAAGGUUAAUGUUUGUACUAGGAACUACGUAGCUUGCUAGACAAAUGUUAAUAUCACAAGUCACAUAUCUUCCAAACAUUCUCACACUGAUAUGUUUGGGGUUUUUUUAACUGACAAAUUAGGAGAUUUACUUUGUUUGACACAUUUCUCAAUCUCAGCAACAGACUCUUGCAGCACAAAAGCAGCAUUAACUACCAUUUGUGAACUAUUUUUCUGAAUAUUAAAUGUUGCUAUUACAUUUACUAUUGACAUUUACUACGCUUUUUUUUGUAGUAAAGUAGCAUAUUAACUUGGAUCAUGUUAUGUAACAUAUCGAUUUUUGUCUUUUUUUUGUAUCGUCUUAGUUGUCCAGUUGGAGAAGCUACACUGUAAAUAAUCGCUGUGAAAUCUACAGUCAUUUACUGAUUUUUACAGUAUAGUGCUGUAUAAUUUACAUAAAAAUUGGUCCUUGUGACAAAAUCACAGAAGUUAAAACAUUACUGUAGAAAUUACUUGCAAUUACUAGUUAUUUCUAUAAAAAGUAAUGAUGGAAUUAUUACCAAAUUAACAGCAUUGUUUACUGUGCCAUAUUACCAUAUACAGUACCAUUAAAAAUCACAGUGUUAAACUGUUUUUUAUUCUUACAGUAAACAAAUCAGUACUGCAAACACAACUAAAAAUCAGUGUUUCAUUUUUUUUAUUUUACAGUAAAGAAACCAGUAUUGUUAAUAAAACUAAAAUCAAUGUUUAAUGUUUUUUUUAUUUUACAGCAUAAAAAAACAGUACUGUAAAUAAAAAAUACAGUAGUUCUACUGUAAAUAAUAAUUACAGUAAGUUACUUACUAAUUGCUGCAAAUAAGUUACUGUAAAAAUCACAGUAAAUUCUUUACAGUGUAGCAAAAGCUGACAGCAACGCUGUCGAGUAACGUAAAAGGAUGUGAGUGAAGCGUAACUAUGGUAACUGUGCACAUGUGCUGACAGUAACUACCGUGAAAGCCCCAGUCUAAAAACUUAGACAAGAAACGAUCUAAGCGCCUUUCUGAACCUCUUAGCUUAGGGAAAUAUUUUUUCUAAAGGGACAAAUUUAAGUGUUAAAUUAAAGUAGUUAUGCAACCGGUAGUAGUCAUUUCAUAGAAUGUAAAUAGAAGAAUAACUCUCUUUAAAUAAAAGUUAUUUUACUGUCACAUGCUUCAGUCCUUUAUUUUGUACAUAUCAAAAGCUUUAUUUUUAAGCUUAAAAUUAGGUCAUAUGUCAUUGAUAUUCUCUGUGAAAGAGCAUGUGCCCUCUUUUUAUAAAUUCAAUAUUUUUUAUGCUUUUCAUAAUGUUUUUAUUCCUUUACAGGCUUUUAGACAAAUAUUCCCACAAGGAAAAUGUUACUAAGCCAAUAACAUACUUGGUGUCAUUGGGGUUCAUAUAUAAUGUUGUUGUGAACACACAAACUACCAAAAAAGUGAAAUAAAGCAUGAGCUGUACAGUACGUAUGUAAAAGGGUAAACUGGAGCAAAGGGUUUGUUUUUUUAUUUGUGUAUUUGUUUCUGAACGCUGAAAUGUUUUUAGAGCUGACAGCCAAAAUUAUUUGGUUUGUUACUCUUAUGUCCAGUCAGUAUUUCUUCUUGGGUGCAUGGACUGUAAGAUUUUUUAUUUUUUAGUUGGUUCCUGGUUGACAAUGUAUUUUAUGCUAAUUAAAAGUUUGGGGAACAUGGUCAUCAGUGUUGAAAUUGUACAGUUAUUGCAUUUUAACUGUUACAGUCAGUCUUAACUGUUGUAACAAGUGUUACAAAUAAACAACUUUCAUAAUUUU